UCAAUUCUUGCUUUGUAACAAAGUUUAUACUAAAUAUGGUCUCAUUUCUCCGAUUAUUGAUUCCAAAGGCGUUUGUCGUCGUCUUCGUCGUAUUAAUAUUUGGACGUCCCUCCCUUGGGAGUUCGAGUUUGUUGGGUGAAUUAUCGGCUAUGGAAGAGGUGGUGCAGUGGGCUGGUUAUGGGGAAGAGAAGCUCUCCACCGUCGUUAUUUCCGGCACAAUCAUUUGCAACGCCGAUCAGAAUCCUUCCACCAAUUCGCACCCUGUCUCAGGCGCAGAGGUGAGUGUGGUAUGUGGCGUGAAGAGAUGGCCAAGAGCAAAAGGUAGGACGGAUGGUUCUGGAAAGUUCGCGGUAGAUCUUCCUUCACAUCUCCAUGCCGUGCCCAACUUGGAAAAAGUUUGCCAUGUGAGAGUGGUUCAUAUCCCACCGACUUCUCCUUGUCGAAAAGCUUGCGCCGCAAAGCAUAAUAAGCCCAUCUCGCUGAGCUCCACUGAUCAAGGCAUACGCACCUAUACCACCCACAAUAUACAUCUCACCCCUCCUCUCUAAACUCCCUACAACCUUCCUUCUUUCCUCACUUUACUCACAAAGUCACAAUCAUGCACCCUACCCACAUGCUACAUAUAUAUAUCUAUCUAUACAUCAAAACAAAGAAGAUUGAGAUAGAGUUUAUGCUCUUGAUAUUUAUCAGUAUAUGUGGAGAGUGGUGAGAGUUGUAAAUUACAUCUAGUGAGUGAUGUGCGUAUACUUCAUAGUUCAUACAUUCUUGAUUGGUAAUGAAACUUUUGUGUCAUCUUCUAUA